CUAACAUAGUCACUCUCUUUGCUGCCUGCUCUGUCUGCUUUGUAGGACCUAUAGCUUCUACUGUCCCAUAGGAGCGGUGGACUUGAGGAUUAUAAUCUGCUGCUGAGCCUAAACUGGGACCUUUGUAAAGAGUGUUGGUUGAAGCCUAAUGUUUCACUUGCCCUGACUCCUCACUUCUGAAGCAACAAGCCACCUCCAGACACUGUAACAGCAUGGCUAUCUCCUCACGCCUUGCACUGUGGGAACAGAAGAUCAAGGAAGAAGACAAGGGGCCAGAACCUACAUCUCCUCCACCAUUAUUUUCAGUCAUUUCUGGUGGGUUCAUCAAACAGCUUGUUCGGGAAACUGAAAAAGAAGCAAAACAAAAAGGAAAAGAACUGAAGGAAAAGACAGUGAAACAAGAUCUUCCACCAGAAAAUUUAAAGUCUCCUGGAAAAUUGAACGAUUCACUAGUUCAACAGUUUGUAUAUCAGGAUGAAAAUAUUCUCACAGUAGGAGAAGAAAUGGCAGGUAUAAAUAACGUCUUCAUGAAUGGACUUAAUGGAGACAAACACCCAGGAAAAGGAGAAGCCUCAGAAAAAGCAAGCAAAAGAGCCAUACAACCUGUUAAGAGCCCUACAAAGAGACAGAGCAUACAGGAACCCAAAAAUAUUAACAAAAGUGAGACGCCGGUCAAUAAAAACAAUGGACGCAAAGAGAGCAAAUCACCGGUUCCUUCUGAAGAAGAUAAAGUCCUGACAGAAGAAACCAUACAAACACAUACCAGUAAUACAGUCAAUGCCAGCACAGAGUGCCAGGAUGACCAUGUGCAAUCUUCCCAGGAAAAUAUUGAAGUAAAAAAUGACAAGCUUGAAGAAGAUAAAACACAGCAAGGAGCCCAAGAUAAUGAUGUGCCAACCACGAGUACUAAAGAACAACAACAUAUUAUUCCAGAGAAGGUGUCAGAAGAUGUGUGGUACGAGACAGAGCAAGUCUGGUUUGUUCACAAGGACGGCUUCACCCUAGCGACAGAACUUAAGCCAGAUGUGGAAACACCAGAGUUAGUGGAAGGAAGAGUCAGGAUACGUAUUGAUGCUGAAGACAAGACUAUAGAUGUAGAUGAAGAAAACAUCCAUAGGACAAAUCCUUCCAAAUUUGACUAUGCUGAAGAUCUGACAACACUUAUCAGUCUGAAUGAAUCCAGUAUAAUCCAUACUCUGUGGCAGCGCUACCAGUCCCAGCUGAUCCACACCUAUGCUGGACCAAACCUGAUAGUACUUAAACCAGGUGGACCCAUCACAAGCUUUUCUACAAAGGUGUUCAAAGGAAAGAAGGACAGCAUGCCACCUCACAUCUGCUCAGUGGCUCAGAAAGCCUACUGGAACAUGCUAACCCAGCGCCAGGAUCAAACUAUAGUGCCCUUGGGUAGAAGUAGUGCAGGUAAAACAACUUGCUGCCAAACGGCAUUGGAAUACCUUGUGGAUGCUGCUGGGAGUGUGGACAACAGAGUGACAGUCGAGAAGAUUCAUGCAAUGUUCACCAUUCUAAAAUCCUUUGGUGGAGUGUCAACUAGUGAAUGUAAUAACUCCACACGGUUCUCCAUGAUCAUGUCUCUGGACUUCAAUUCUGCUGGACGUGUCACUGCAGGACACUUACAGACCAUGCUGUUGGAGAGAAUCCGUGUGGCCCAACAACCUGAAGGAGAAAGUAACUUCAAUGUGUUCUCGCAGCUGUUAACAGGAGCAGAUCUGGAUCUUAGGUCAGAGCUGAACCUACACCAGAUGGCAGACUGCCACUCCUUUGGAAUCAUGUCGUGUGUGAAGCCAGAGGAGAAGCAGAAGGCAUCUACAGGAUUUGAACAGCUCCAAUCUGCUAUGGAGGUUUUGGGAUUCAUGGUAAAUGAGCAAAAAGCCAUUUGGCAUGUUCUAGCCAGCAUCUAUCACCUUGGAGCAGCAGGUGCAUGUAAAGUUGGCAGGAAGCAGUUCAUGCGAUUUGAGUGGGCAAACAAGGCCGCCAGUGUGUUGGGGUGUGAUUGUGAGGAGCUUUCCACUGCUGUCUUCAAACACCAUCUCAAGCACAUCAUUGAACAAGUAACACAAGGCACAAGAGGUGGUAACCAAGAAGAAGAUGUCAAGUCAGGGCCAAAAAUGAGUGGAGUGGAAUGUGUUGAAGGAAUGGCUGCAGGACUGUAUGAAGAACUUUUCGCGGCUGUUGUCUCACUCAUUAACAGGUCUUUGUCCUCCAGUCUGUUAACACUGGCAUCCAUCAUGGUGGUUGAUAUUCCUGGAUUUCACAAUCCACGUCAUCAGAAGAAAGAGAGGGCUGCCACAUUUGAGGAGAUGUGCCAUAAUUAUAUACAAGAACGCUUCCAAUGCUUGUCCUACAAAAGAACCUUUAGCACUCCCCUGGAGAGGUUUAGUGCGGAAAACAUUGACGUUUCUUUUGAAAUGCCUCUGGAUUCCCCAUUCAACGCUGUAUCUGUCAUAGACCAGACAUCUUCACAGAUAAAUGUUCAGGCAAGUAAUCAAAUGGAAGAAAAGAAAGGUCUUCUCUGGAUUCUCGAUGAGGAAGUUCUCAUCCAAGGGUCUACAGAUGACAAUGUUCUUGACCGGUUGUGUUCAUACUAUGAGCUAAAAGGUGAAGAUAAACAAGAUCAUGGGCCCCUACGAAAGUGUGAACAACCUCUCCAGUUUGAGAUCCUUCACCAGUUGGGAAGGGAUCCUGUGCGAUAUGAUGCCUCCAGUUGGAUCAACAAAGCCAAACUAAACUUAUCUGCUGAAAAUGCUGUGCAGGUUCUGCAACAGUCUAAAAUUGAUUACCUAAAGGACUUAUUUUCACCUCGAGCUAAAUUCCCAUUGAUUUGUCGCUCUGUUGCUGGAAUGGAGGGAAAGUCUCAGCAAGCCAUGCAGAGAGUAAGCUGUGUGAGGAAGACUUUUGCAAGCAGCUUUGCCGCUGUGAAGAGGAAGUCAGUGUGUGCCCAGAUCAAGCUUCAAAUGGAUGCUCUGAUGAAUUUGCUAAAACGGUCCCAGAUACAUUUCGUACACUGUCUGGUCCCCAGACUGGGAAUGGAUGGCACAGAAUGCAAAAGCUCACAACUUUGCAGAGGAACAGCAGGAGAUCCAAUUAAUGCUGCUAUUGAUGUCCCCACUGUAAGAAUUCAGCUUGCAGGAGCUCAGCUAUUAGAUGCUAUGCGUCUCUGCAGGAUAGGUUAUACUGAUCGUAUGGGCUUCACAGAAUUUCGACUACGUUUUCAAGUGCUGGCAUCACAAGUUAUGAAGAAGUAUAUUUCCACAUAUGAACCUGUGGAUGAGAGAAAGGCAGUAGAAGAGCUCAUCCGCCGACUAGACCUGGAAAAGAGGAGCAUUGUGAUGGGCAGAAGCCAGGUGUUCAUGAAGUCUGGUGUUCUAUCCAGGCUAGAGAAACAGCGGGAGAAGAUGAUUUCCCAAAACAUGAUCCUUUUUCAAGCAGCAUGCAGAGGAUUCCUUUGUCGACAAAAGUUCAAGAAAACAAAGAUUCAAAUGGUUGCCCUUAAGUGUAUCCAAAAGAAUAUCAGGAAAUACUAUUGUAUCCAAGACUGGUUGUGGUGGCAACUGAUGUGUUAUAUUCGACCCUCACUGUCUAUCCAUGUCGAUGAGUCCAUGUUCCGGGAAAAGGAGGAGGAAAUCAUUGCUUUUUCGACAAAACUUAGCAAGUCUGAGAAGUCCAGAAAUGAACUGAGACAGAAUGUGGAUCUGCUGGAAAGCAAGAUCACCGAUCUAAUGACUGAGCUGUCUGAUGAACGAUUCAAAGGCGAAGUAGCUUGUCAAGUUUUAGAAGGGGAGAGAGCAGAGAGGCUAAGAGUGACGCGUGAAAUAAAGGAAAUGCAGGUGAAGUAUGAGCAAAUGCAGAAAAGCCUUGAGUCUUUAUCCAAGAAGCUAGAAGAAGCUAAUCAGCAAAUUCAACUCCGAGAACUUGGAACAAGCAGUCCAGGAGGAGGAGCAGAUGAGUGGCAAGUACGAUUUGACUGCGCCCAAACUGAAAUUAACUUUUUACGGAAGAGACUUACACAAUUUGAAGAACGACUGGAAUCGGAGAAAACCUAUAAGAAAGAACUAGAGCAAAAACUGAGUGAUUUACAAAGUGCUUACGAGAACGCUAGGCGAGCAGCUCAGCAAGCAAACAGGAAGUGCAAGCACUUGACCUCUGACCUCGAGGACACUAGAGUAUUAAUGGAAAAUCAACAGAUCCGGAACCAUGAACUAGAAAAAAGACAAAGAAAGUUUGAUAUGCAGUUAGCUCAAGCAAUUGGAGAGGCCGUAUUUGAGAAGAGCUUACGAGAGAAGGUGACCCAAGAGAAUACAUCCUGUCGAUGGGAAGUUGGCAAGCUUCGUCAACAGUUGGAGCAAAAGGAGCAAGAGACAUCCAAUUUAACCAAGCAGUUGGAAGUACUGAAGAUGCAGAUGAAAGACUUAUUCUCCUCCAGUGGGGUGGAUAGUAAUUCCGUCGUCUCCCUAAAAAAAAAAGUAUGGGAGUUGGAAUCCAGUGUUGCUGAGCAGAACCAACAGCUAGUGGAGCAAGCCAAUUCAAUACAGCGUCUAGAUCAGAUGCGUGUCCGUUUUGAAAUGGAAAUUGAAAGGAUGAAACAAAUGCAGUUAAAAGAACUUGAAGAUAAAGAAGAGGAAUUAGAGGAUAUUCGACAGUCAUGUCAAAGACGGCUUCGGCAAUUUGAGAUGCAGUUGGAACAAGAAUAUGAAGAAAAACAGAUGGUGCUUCAUGAAAAGCAAGACUUAGAAGGACUCAUUGGAACCCUAUGUGAACAGAUAGGACAUCGCGAUUUUGAUGUUGAAAAGCGACUCCGAAGAGAUCUAAAGAGAACUCACGCCUUGCUGGCUGACCUGCAGCUUCUUUUGGCCUCCAUGGGAGACUCAGGACCACCCGUGGAUCGUGGAGAACUUGAAAGACUUCACUUACAGCUUGAAGAGAAUGAAGCAAGGAAUGCGGAGUCCCUGAAGUCUCAGAGAUCACUGAGCUUAGAGCUGGAAAGUCUACACAUGGAACUAGACAAUAUUACCAGGAAUAAGAAUAUGGCUGAUGAACAAUUGUUCCAGCUGCAGCAUGAAAAAGUGGAGCUUCUGAAAAGGAUCGAUGAGGAUCAGGAAGACCUGAAUGAGCUUAUGAAGAAACACAAAGCACUCAUUGCACAGUCUGCAACAGAUAUAACGCAUAUUCGGGAGCUACAGACUAAACUUGAAGAUACACAGAAAGAGAAGCAGAGCCUUCAGGAGAAGCUGCAGGCAGCCCAGAGCCGCAUAGACUAUUUGGAGCAAUCUAUGGUGGAGCGUUCAAUAGUGAGUCGGCAAGAGGCAGUGAUUUGUGAUUUGGAAAACAAACUUGAGUUUCAGAGAGCUCAAAUUAAAAGGUUUGAGAUGUUGAUUCUACGUUUGAGGGACAGUGUAAUAAAGAUGGGCGAAGAGUUGGAGAACGCGGCGGACUCUGAAGCCCGAGAAAAGGAGAAUACAAAGUAUUACCAGAUCCGCAUGGAAGAGAUGAAAGCUGAGAUGAAUGAGCUGAUGCAGAGAGAGAUGGAGGCAUGUCGAAGACGUGUGGAACUGGAGACACAGGUGUUUGAGCUCACGGCAGUAAGACAGACUUUACAAGCUGAUCUGGAAACAUCAAUUCGACGCAUUGCUGACUUACAGGCUGCACUAGAGGAAGUGGAAUCCAGCGAUGACAGCGAUACUGAAAGAGAUAAUCAGUCAACCAUAGGUUCAGCAAUGAGUGUGGGGAAAACAGAGAGUGCCCGGUCCUGGGUUGGAUCAUCUGCCAGUUGGGCAUCACCCACGGGAGGCAGUGCUUGCGGGCGCCAGUCAAGGCAAUCAACAUCUGAUACACUUAGUGUUCACAGUUUACGACAAAAAGACAUAAGAGAUCAGGAUGUGAGUCGGCCAAGUUCUUCCUUGAGUUCUGGGUCAAAGAUAUAUGGAAACAAUUUAUUAUCCUCAGAAAAGGAGAAUACGAGUCCAGUGCCAAACACUGGAAGUACAACUCCAACACUUGGCAGACGGCGUAUCUCACCAGUAGAAGAAAAGUUUUCACGUUCUUCAUCCGCUCUUUCUGAGUUUUUAGAUGAAGUGAGGAAGAAACGGGCUUCUGAAAAAGAUCAGUCAUCAAUGGUCAUGGAAGAUACAUCAUCACUACCUAUUUACCGGACAACUGGUGCUUCGUCCCUCAGAAGAUGCACACGGCUUAAUGAUGAUGAGGAAGAUUUUUCAGUUACUCUGAGCAAGCUUUCAGAUGAAAAACCUAUGACUGGUCAAGGAUUAACACGUUCAUCAAGCCUUCGUUGCUUGCCAUCUGAAAAGUCUGACCCAACAUUGUCCCCUGCAGUUAAGCGCAUAGCAAGAUUUGGUUCUUGUGAUUCUCUCAACCAGCUUCCGAAUAGUGUAGGGGUUAAGCAAACAUCUUUGGAAUUAGGAGUAGAUGGUGCCAAUUCUUCAUUAAGACCAAGGCCAUGGAGACAAUGUCUUGAAACGCCACUGGAGGAAGUUGGCGAGAACAAAUUUGGGAAACAACCUCUUGUUUUCCAAAAUCGGAGCUUUUCUAAUUUGUCUGAUCUUGGAAAUGAUGAAAGUCCAUCAAACUUGAAAGUACCCAGUCUCAGUUUUGAAAGGAAAUUAACAGAUGAUUCUGAUGACAUCCUUCCUGCUCUUAGAAAGUCACAUUCAACUCAAAGUUUGUCCAGAUCUUCCAGAAGAGAUGGUCAACGUCCACUCAGUGUUCAUUUUGGUGAUCUUCCAUCACAUGAACCAAGCCUUUCCACAGGGGGAUUGAAAAGUGUUUUAAAGAAAAGUUCAAGUAUUGGGGAAGAUCUGGAAAAUCUGUCUGAUUCAUCAUCAUCUACUGGCUCCGUUAUAUCCUCCAAAAGUGCAGAUAGUAUUAAAAGUCGGCCCCGUGUGCGAAGAGUGGAUGGAGAAGGAUACUCAGGGAAGCCAGCAACAACAGAAAUCCCCCAAGAAUAUAAAAGACCUGAAGCAGAAGGAAAAGAAGAUGAUGUAAAUAGCAUAAUGAUGAAAUAUCUACGAAAAAUUGAUGAAGAGCAAGGUCAUACAGACUGAGGGGUCUUCAGGCCCAUGUAGAAUGCACCAUGAAUGCUUGGAUUCUUCUGCCUCAGAUGCACAUUAUAUGUUUGCCAGAAGAGUCAGACUGUAAAGUUGGAUUUAUGGCUAGAAAAAAUUGUUAUUUGGUAAUUUGUUUGCUUUUUGGAAAAAAAAAAUAAAGCAAUAUGUUUCU